AGCGCUGAGCUCAAGCUCUCUCAAUCAAAGCCCAAACGAGGAGGAGGAGGAGGAAGCUCUGCGGAGACAUGUAAGAUGGCAGAGCUGCAGAUGUUACUAGAGGAAGAAAUCCCCGCCGGUAAAAGGGCUCUCUUGGAGAGUUACCAGAACCUCACUAGGGUUGCGGAUUACUGUGAAAAUAACUAUGUCCAGGCACCGGAUAAAAGGAAAGCCUUGGAGGAGACCAAAGCGUACACCACCCAGUCCCUGGCGAGUGUGGCCUAUCAGAUCAACGCCUUAGCCAACAAUGUCCUGCAGUUGCUGGAUAUCCAGGCCUCUCAGCUGCGCAGGAUGGAGUCGUCCAUCAACCACAUAUCUCAGACGGUGGAUAUCCAUAAGGAGAAAGUCGCCCGGCGAGAGAUUGGCAUCCUGACAACAAAUAAGAACACAGCAAGGACUCAUAAGAUCAUUGCUCCUGCGAACAUGGAGCGGCCGGUGAGGUACAUCAGGAAACCCAUCGACUUCACAGUACUGGAUGAUGUGGGCCAUGGAGUGAAGUGGCUUAAAGCCAAGCAACAUGGCAACAACCAGUCGAUCAGAGGAGGAACUCUCUCCAGGACGAACCCACCGACUCAGAAACCUCCCAGCCCACCCAUGCCGGGACGAGGCACUCUUGGGCGUAACACUUCCUAUAAAACUCUGGAGCCUGUGAAACCUCCUACAGUGCCUAAUGAUUAUAUGACGAGUCCUGCACGCCUGGGCAGCCAACACAGCCCGGGACGCACUGCCUCUCUCAACCAGAGACCAAGAACCCACAGCGGCAGCAGCGGGGGUAGCAGCAGUCGUGAGAACAGCGGGAGCAGCAGCAUCGGAAUUCCCAUCGCUGUGCCGACUCCCUCCAUUCCCAACUCAAUCCCAGUCACACCCAUGUCAUGGGCCGUUCCUCCCCCGGCCCCUCCUCCUCCACCCCCUCUCUUCGGGCCGGGUCCACCAAUGCCAGCUUCUGUUUUAGCUGUGGCCCCUGGGCCGGGCCUGGGGCCCAUCCCCAUGUCGCAGUUCGGCACAAUAUCUCGACAGAUAUCCCGACACAACUCCACCACCUCCUCAGUCUCCAUGGUUUCUGCCACGGGCACGUACCGCCGAGCGCCGUCUGUCUCGUCACAGUUCUCCCUGCAGCAGCCGCACGUUAAUGGUGGCAUAAACACAAUGUCUAUAGCCCCUCCACCUCCACCAAUGCCCCAGCUCACUCCACAGAUUCCCCUCACAGGCUUUGUGGCCAGAGUACAGGAAAACAUUGCAGAUACCCCAACUCCACCACCUCCCCCUCCUCCUGAUGACAUACCCAUGUUUGACGAUGCCCCACCUCCACCCCCACCACCGCCAGCUGACUAUGAAGAUGAAGAGGCAGCUGUAGUGCAGUACAAUGACCCAUACGCAGAUGGAGAUCCGCAGUGGGCUCCAAAGACAUACAUGGAGAAAGUGGUGGCCAUCUAUGACUACACCAAGGAUAAGGACGAUGAACUGACCUUCAUUGAAGGAUCCAUCAUCUACAUCAUCAAGAAGAAUGAUGACGGCUGGUAUGAGGGAGUUUGUAACGGUGUCACUGGUUUGUUCCCCGGCAACUACGUGGAGUCAGUCAUGCACUAUGCCGAUUGAAGGGACCAAACUUAAAAAUUUCAUCAAACAAAUACACAAUCAAAUCUUGACCGCCGUAUGAAAGUGUAUUAGGUUGGUAGAAUGUUAAACAAAUGACUCUUUAUUUUGUGUUAAUGGGUGGAUGUGGGUUAAAGGGAUGGACCAACAAUUCAGAAGUCGGGAAAGUCCGUGUACAUAAAAUGAAAAUUUAGCCGGGUUUUUGUAGUGAAUGUCAAUCAAAGUAUCUUAAACGGUCAAUACCACACGUGAACAUGUAAAGUAGAUGAUUGUUUACCACUUUUACUGCAUUUUUUUUCCAAUUAAAAUUCUACAAUUUAUCUCCUUUCCUCUAGGGCCGCAAAGCGAUUAAUCGCGACUAAUCGUUUGUGUACUGUGUUUAAUAAUAAUUUAUAUAUACACACAGGUGCAAAUGUAUAUUUACGAAAUAUUUAAAUGUGUAUUUACAUUUUUAUAAUUAUAUAUAAUUUAUAUUAUAUAUAAUUAUAAAUACUUAUUAUUUUUUAAAUAUACAUGCGUGUGUAUAUUUAUAUGUACUUAAUUAUUAUACACCUUACACACACAUAUAUGAUGUAAGCAAAAACUUUGCGAUUAAUCGUUUUGCAGCCCUACUUCCCCUCUACAUGCAUAUUCAUUUGGCCAUUUUAGUCACAAUUAAUUUUAGCAUUUUAUCUUAACACCACGUCAUUGCCCCAGAAUGUAUCAGAAUCGUAAUGUAAAGCAUGCAAACAAAUUUGAAAGCGUAUCGUAACGUUUAAUUGCAUUCUGCUUCCAUCAUUGUAUUUACUUGUAAGCUCUUGAUUUCUUUUAAUAGCAAAAUUUGUUGAAUACUUAUUUUUAAUGCUCAUUUUGUUUAAUACUGAUAUAAAAUCUCUGUUUUUUAUUUGGAUGUUGAAUGCAAAGCACAG